UGCGCAUGCGCGGCCGCGACACGGACACGGGCAGCGCGGGGGGUGCCGGGGGAUGGAGGCGGCGCCGGCGGAGCGGGGACCGGCGGCGCUGUAAAUCUUGGAUCAUCCGUCGCCGGGUGCCGAGGAGCUGGCUGAUGGUUCCCAGGCCGCGCUGAUGCUGCUCUGCCAGAAGAGAGAUGGGGAAGAGAUACUUCUGCGACUACUGUGACAGGUCCUUCCAGGACAACCUUCACAACAGGAAGAAACACCUCAAUGGAGUGCAGCAUCUCAGGGCCAAGAGAGCCUGGUAUGACUUAUUCCGAGAUGCUGCCGCUAUCCUGCAAGAGGAGCAAACUAAGAAACCUUGUCGGAAGUUUCUGCUAACGGGCCAGUGUGAUUUUGGAUCCAGCUGCAGAUUCUCCCACAUGACAGAGCAGGACCUGGAGAAACUGAGCGCCCAGGUGAAGGGGGAGCAGAGAUCGAGGGAGCUGCGGCAGGAGGGAGCAGAUGUCCCGCCUGGCACCAUUGAGGACUGGCUGGAGAGGAGGGCGAAGAGGCUGAGCAUGGCUCAGAGCAACAGUGCUCUGCCGGAGAAACCAGUGCCUUUCCAGUACCCACCGGGCUGGCCACCGGUGCAGGACCUGCCCCCGUCCCUGCAGGCCCCCCCGCCCGGGGGGUGGCCGGUCCCCCCCAACCUGCAGUGGGGCUGAGGCGCCGGGACCCCACGGAGGCUGCACUGGAGAUGGACAUCUCCUCGCCCGCUUUAUAAAAGGGACAGAAUUAUUUAUAUACACUUUGAUAUCAAUAAAAACCUUCCCCCCUUGCA